CCCGACCCGAAACAUCACCUUCCUGCUCCUCUGAUGCUGCCCGGCCUGCUUUGUUCCUCCAGCUCUACACUGUGUUGUCUCUGAUUACUUCCCUCUAGAUUCCCCCUGGAUCGAGAUUCCACCUCCGGGCACCAAGCCAUUGUUUGCAGGGAUUGUCACGAACCUCACCUUCGUAGAUCCUCCUUCCACAGCUUUCAACCUCCUACACUUCGUGAAAUACUUCUCACGGACUACGUGACUCAUAUACAGUAGGAAUUUCACAUCAGUAUUCUCCUGACCGGCAAUUACGUGGCAUUUUUCGACUGGAUCGUAAAGCUUUCGAUCGACCGCAACUGAAAUGUAUGGCAGAGACGGAAAAUAUUGCGGAAACUGAAAUGAAAAAAAAAUAUGCUGGCAAGACAGAUUAAAAGGUUUCACUCAGGAGGUGGUGACAAUACCCCGCGGUUGUGGCAGCUGAUGCAGUAGUAUCUUUAAUCGUAUAUAUUCACUUUUCUUUGAUGUGAUAUAGCUUCCUAUUAUCUGUGCUCCUUUAAAAAGGGACGCUUUUGUUCGGUCGUCCUGGUCGAAGUUACUGCGACAAUAGUGAGGUGCCCAUUGUUACAGGGAAGGAGUGGAUUGGCUGCAAUGAAUGAAUGAACGAACAGCGACGCUGCUCUUCUGCAGUUUGCUAGAGUUACGCCAGCAGAGAGGCGCGGCCACAACUUCCCGACACUACAAAUACGAGCCGAGCCCGCCACUUUCAAAUAUUUCUAGUGCUGCUUGCCAGAGGGUACGGAAUUGUUCACACCAGACCAUGGCUACUCCGCCAAAAAGAAUGUGUGUCAGCCCCAAUUUCGACGACAGCUUUGAAAAGAGAGUGAAGAAAAUUUCAAUUGAAGGAAAUAUUGCUGCAGGGAAAUCCACUUUUGUUCACAUGUUGGCAAAAGCCAGUGAUGAAUGGGAAGUUGUUCCUGAACCUAUUGGCAAAUGGUGUAAUGUUCAAACAAUGGAUGAAUUCCAGGAACUUACAACAUCACAGAAAAGUGGCGGCAAUCUCCUCCAGAUGCUCUAUGACAAGCCAAGUAGAUGGGCGUACACAUUCCAAACUUACGCUUGCCUGAGUAGGGUUCGGGCACAGCUUACGCCAUUGUGCUCCAAAAUUCAAGAGGCUGAACAUCCUGUACAGUUCUUUGAAAGAUCAGUGUACAGUGACAGGUAUAUAUUUGCCUCCAAUUUGUUUGAAUCUGGUAAUCUGAAUGAAACGGAAUGGGCGAUUUACCAAGAUUGGCAUGGUUGGAUACUAAACCAGUUUGGUGCUCAAAUUGAGUUGGAUGCCCUGAUCUACCUUCGAGCAACCCCUGAAAAAUGUAUGGAGCGCCUUUAUUUGAGAGGCAGGGAGGAGGAACAAGGAAUUGAGUUGGAGUAUCUAGAAAAGCUGCAUUACAAACAUGAAUGUUGGCUUUAUAACCGAACAAUGAGGCUUGACUUUGAAUACUUGAAGGACAUUCCUAUUUUAGUGCUUGAUGUUAAUGAAGAUUUUAAAGACGAUAAAAUCAAACAAGAGGACAUUUUAGACAAGGUGAAGACAUUCCUGCAGACUUUGUAGCACAAUGACAAACUACAAACCUUAACUAGGUGUUGCACUGACUUUUUAAAUAUUUAUCAAAAGUUUUAACCCUUGGAUGGAUAAUAUAAGAAGAACUUAAAUAGUUACUAGUUAUGCAAUCAGGUCUGUAAUCUUGCAUGGACCCAUCGAUUGUACUUCCUGCCUACUUUGUUUUCCUGCAUCCAAACUGUCGUGAUGGUCAGUCUUUGUCUAAACGUGCUGCUAAUCUCAACUUCUGGAAUAACCUGGUUAAGAAUGUAAUAAGAUGGUCUUACAUAAAGCAUAGUCUAGUGUGCUACGAUGUUCUUGAUAAAUCAGUUAGUAAAUGAAUGUUACAAUAUUGUCAAUACAAAUGACAGUAACAGUAAACUGAACAGAAUGUGCUAAUCUGGUUGAGUUCCUUACACUGAAGGAUAACCCCUAUUCCAUCAGAUCUGGUGCAGGUUUGUAAUGUUAACUUAUCAGUGCCCUGCAGUGUAUUGCCACUAUUUUAUCUAUUUCUGCUUCUGUAAAAAUGCUCUCCAGAUAAAAUUAAGUAUUUUAGAAGUUACACUUGUAAUUCUUUACACCUUUUUGCAGCUUGGAAUUUUUUUCUGCUUCCAACCAUUGCAUUUUACAGCACCCUUUUUCAAGGUUAGACUCUUACAGGAGUAAUUCUGUAAAUAGAUGUGAAUUAUAGAUUUUUAUUAACUUGAAGUUGAGCCUUUUCUGAUGUAUCCGUUUUGUUUUCAAUAUAAAAUUCAAAUGAAUUGGAUUUGUCUUCAUCUCCAUUAUUGUACUUUGUUCUGGUUUUAUAAAAAAUAAAAAUAUAAAUCUGG